GGGCCUUUAGGGCUAUCACACACGAAAUGGCAUAACCUGCAUAUGGUACUGAAAAUCUACAGUAUACGUAACGUAAACUAUACAUUUUCAGUACUGGCAGUGAAUAUCGGAACGCAGCCUUCGUAUCAUGACCUGUCAUGGCCUCAGUGUUUACAUCAUUACAUGCGGAACGUCAGAUCGAUACCGUUGAUACCGUGUGUAAAGUUGUAAACGUACGAGUGCGUUCGAUUGACGGGCUAUUGGCUUCACCCAAAGGUGUAUGGUGUAUGUAUUUAAUGCACACGUGUUCGAUUUAUCGUGAUACGAUUAAUAGACGGCGAACGUUUCAAGAAGGAAAGAAAGGGGAGAAAAAGGGAGAGAACGAGUGAGCAACAAAGGACGCCGACAACCGACGCCGGCAACAGAUGAUUGACCGUACGUAGUGGUUCAGUUCCGAGAACGCGAGGCUUCGACAACAGAUUCUCGCGCGGAGCUAGGUCUAUGGGAUAUAACAUCGUCAACUAGAUGAUACGCACGAAAGAGGAGAAAUUGAGUUUUGACGGCACCGAGGAUCAACACGCGAAUAUCAUGAACAACAUGGUAGACGCGAGGGCUUGUUACAAGCCCAGCGGCAAAUCGUGGUUUCGUGGCGUUCGAAGCAGCAAGUUUCGGCACGUCUACGGGGUGCCAGCUAAGAGGGAGAAAUGUUACGAUAACAUCAAGAUCACGAAAAACGCCCACGAUUCACAAUUCUGCGCCGUAAAUCCAAAAUUUCUAGCUGUCGUGACGGAGGUUGCGGGCGGCGGGGCGUUCCUAGUGUUAUCGUUGGAUCGCACUGGACGUCUUGACUUUAAUGCCAGCCGAGUAACAGGACAUACCGGUCCUGUUUUGGACAUCAAAUGGAAUCCAUUCAAUGACAAUAUUAUCGCGUCCUGUUCCGAUGAUUGCACUAUAAAAUUAUGGCAUAUACCCGAUGGCGGAUUGUCGAGAAACUUGACCGAGUGGCUGGUGGAGUUACAAGGGCACAAACGACGCGUCGCUUAUAUCGAAUGGCAUCCAGUAGCGGAGAAUGUGCUCUUCAGCGCCGGCUUCGAUCACCUCGUUAUCGUAUGGGAUGUAAGCAGAUGCGAGGCGGUAAGCGUCAUCGAUAGGCAUCCCGAUGUGAUUUACAGCAUGUCCCUAAACCGCGAUGGCAGCUUAUUGGCGACUACUUGCAAGGAUAAGAAAUUGCGCGUUUUUGAGCCGAGGUCCGGUAUCGUAGUUUCGGAAGGAGUAUGUCAUGCUGGUACGAAAGCGAGCAAGGUAGUAUUCCUUGGUAGUUCUGGACGUCUUUUGACUACUGGAUUUAGCAGACAUUCGGACCGACAAUACGCAAUAUGGAGUCAACAUGAUCUAACUAUACCGCUGACGUGCGAGACGAUAGAUUCGUCGAGCGGAGUAGUUUUUCCAUUUUAUGAUAAUGACACUAAUAUGGUGUUCUUAGCUGGAAAGGGUGAUGGUAACAUUCGAUAUUACGAAGUGGUUAACGAAGCACCCUGGAUGCAUUAUCUCAGUCAGUUUAUAUCUGGAAAUCCUCAGAGAGGAUUGGGAGUGAUGCCGAAAAGAGGCAUUAAUACCGCUUUAUGCGAAGUAUUUAGAUUUUACAAAUUACAUGCAACUCGUGGAAUGUGUGAGCCGAUCUCGAUGAUAGUACCACGGAAGAGCGAUCAAUUUCAAGAGGAUUUAUAUCCUGAUACAAUUGGAACAUGUCCCGCACUGUCGGCUAGAGAUUGGACCAGUGGCAUGAAUAGUCCGCCAAUCUUAAUCUCUCUUAAAACCGGCGGGAGUAUCUCUACGCAUAAGCCACGAGUAUAUAAACCACCGCAAUUGCCUCCUACUACCGAUUUAAAUAACAAAAAGAAAUUUGCCUUUCUAUCUACGGAAACGAUACCGGAUUAUAGGCCGGUGGAGUUACAUGAUAUGUCGGAAAAGAGUCAAAAGACAUCUAGUAAUCAAAGCACAAAAUUCCAGCAACUUCAGCAAAAGUUUGGAAAUGUUGCUAUACAGAAAAAUAUUAUAUCGUCUUCGCUUAAUGACAAUAAAAUUAUGGAGACUGUGGAUGUUCCGAAUAAUGAAGCAGAACUUCGUUUGGCAUUUGCUCGUCAAACCGACGAAUUGAGGCUGGUACGACGGCAGCUCGCUAAUAGCCAAUUGCGUGUUAAGGAGUUAGAGGACCAAAUACGAAAAUUGCAGCGUCAAUGAAAUUUAUAAAUUUGCGUCAAUAUCAGCUUCGAAUAAAAUUCAGCUUUCCUGCUUCAUGUGAUUAGCAAUCAAUACUUAAAGUAGAAUAUUUACGCACCGCUACUAAUGAUAAAGAGCCUAAGCUUAUGAGAAUUUUAUACUAACUUACGCUUAGGAGAUUUUAGCUUUGUCAUACUCAUAUACAAAGGAAUAUUAGCACAAAACAAUUUUUACUAACUUUUCUGGGAAUAUCUACAAUUUUUAUGUAGAAUAAAAUUAUCAUAUUGAUCACGAAAGGGAACAAAAAACAUAGGCUGCAUUUGUUACAUGAAAAUUGUACCUGUUCACGCAUAUUUAAAUGCGUAAGUCGGAAAAAGAGAAGCACAUACUUUUUGACAAAUGGCAGCGUAUAGGUAAUGUUAUCAGUUAAAUAACAUAUUUUACUUUGAAAACGAUAUUACGUUAGUACUAGUCUGUUAAUUGUUUAUUUUUUUCUAUUACUAUUUCGCCUGAUUAUUAGUUAUUUAACUAAUAUAUUAUUUAAUGUAUUACUUCAUUAGAAAAAUAGAUACUUCGAAAGACAAUAUUUUUUUGCGUAUUAUCAUGUUGAUUAUUAUUGGUUCUAUUUACAUUAUAAAUUUGUUCUUUACAACAUGUAAAAUAAAUUUUGUUGCCGAUUUAUUGUAAUAUGUAAAGCUACUAUACAUGUGAGUGGACUAGCGCAUUAAUGUAUUAAGCAUUUUGCUAUCGCAUACAUUUUUCACUGCCAUCCACUGCCGUGAUGUCGAUGGCGAUAAGAUCUUAAAAUCUAAUGCAGUGAUAAUACCUAAUAAAUGUCGUGGUUAGUCUGACAAAAAAAUUAGCGUAAAAAUUUAUUUUAUACGGUAAAUGCACAGUAUGGCGUAAAACUAACGAGAUCAUUGAACAAUGUAUAUAAAUGAUGCAAGUGGUACAUAUACGUAUAUUUUUAGGAAAUGUAGCGUUUAUCAGUUUAAUUCAUUUGAGCUAACUUAAAAGAGAUACGAUAGCAAAUGUGUUAGAACUUAUUUUUUAAUAUUAGUCUUGUAGCCCUGAGAAUCACAUACAGAAUUUUUCCACUUAAUAACAGUAAUCAAGUCAUGUAAUGAUUUAUAUAUACAUACAUACGUAUUUUUCAUACAAUUAUGCAUUUAUACCAUGGAUAAAUAAGAUAUAUAGUACCUGGAUGCUACAUUUCACAUAUCGCGUUUGCGAGCAUAAUAUAUACACAUUUCAUUAUUUGCAAAAUACAAUAAAAAUAAAAUCUAAAACGUUGAUAUAACAUGUGACGUAGCAUUCCCUAGUCUUUCUUUACUAGUUGUUUAAUUUGUAAUCAUCAUUAGUUUUAAUUACUCGCAAAUAAGAUAUAUUAAAUCUUAUUUUUAGAUAUGCAAUAUCUUUGAGAGCAUGAGGUUAUAUGUGUUUUAUUAGAGUGCGUUUUAUAGACAUUAAUAUACACAUAUUGCAAGAUAAUUUGUAAUAUUUAUAUAUAUUUUCAGUAUUCAUAUUGGAAGUAAUUUCUAUGAUAUUUAUAAAAAGGUCAAUUCGUUUUCGUGAUGUAACAAAUUUAUUAUAUAAAUUCACUACAAUUUAUGAAUUUACUUCUAAUGUAGUAUGACGCGCAUAUGAGUGUAUCGUGAUUAAUAUGUAAUAUUACAUGUCAAUUAAAUAUAUUAUCGAGAUCCAAUCGUAUAAUGCUAUCCAUUAAACAAGAAAAUACCAAAGAACGUCAUCUCGCAAAUUACAGGCCAAUUUAUUGUCAGCGUGUUAGGUACCUGUUAAAUUUAUGCAUAAGGGCAAGGAAUAUACUGUAUGACACAUGGCAGGAUCUCAUAAUAAAAAUAAAACAAUUAUAAAA